UUGACUUCAGCAGAGAGGUUGAUGACAGGAGCCCAGCGGUUAACAGCCGCUUUCUCUCCCAGACAGUGGGAAACUAAGCAGCAUACCCAGGAUGAGGACCUGGGGGCCUCGCCAUGGGCCCCCCUGAGACUGUCGGGGUAGAGUGUUUUGUUUUUUUUAGUCCAUAUGUUAUUUUUGUUUAUAGGUGAGAGAAAGAACUUCCAAAAAGAGGGCAAGUUCAAAAAAGUUUAUAACUUUCUUAAAAGUGAAUAAUUUCAGGCUUGUCUGGCCUACCGCAUCCCGAAGUCCUUAUCCAAUUGGUGUGAAACCCACCCAGAUGAGCUGCUUUCUCGUUACUCCUCAGUCAGACACACCUUCAGAGUUUGUGUGAUUGGGACUUGAAAGUCAGGAAGAAAUUGCUGGAGCCCCUCACAGCAGUGGCUGCUGAAAUAGAAGAUUCUGGAAAAACCCUUUCCUGGGGUGGUGCAGAUUGAAUCUGAAGGAUUUCCAAGAUGACCAAGAUCCCAGCCGCCAAGAAAGUUCAGAGUUCCCCCUUCUCAGGCAUCCUCUGGCCAUUGCAUACCUCAGAUCAUCUAACUCAGGUCUUAGACAAGCCAAUGAAGAGCAUCAAGUAUAUGGACAAGGAAAUAAUAAACCUCAAAAAAGACCUUAUUCGGAGCCGCAUCAUGAUUCAAUCGGUGAAGAUAGGCCGCGGGUAUUUCACCAUGCUGAGGGAGGAGACUGCCCGGAAAAAACGACAACAGCAACUUCGGAAGCUGCAAGAAGAAGAAAGGCAUAAAUUCCAACCAGCCAAAAUGCUCUCGGAAAUCCAAUACAGGGAUAAUCUUCUGAUCACAUACGGCGAUGACAAGAUGAAGAAGGGAAACAUCUUCCUCCCGUUCACCCCCAUCCACAGCUGCAUCAUUUCGCCCCUGCUACCUGAGGCCCACGUGGAACCCCUCUUCCGCCAGCUCUGUGCACUCCACUGGCUCCUGGAGGCGCUCACUAUCGACCACACCCACCACACCAUGAAGCCGGUGAUCACCUGCUGGAAUCCAAAGGACCCGGGUGGAAGCAAGAGCACGAUUAAAAAAAUCAAUAAGGACAAGUCCAUGGGACAGAGGUGGGAGCACUUCAUCACGGCGCCGAAGACCAAGAAAUUCAAAAUCCCCAUGCCACGAGCCACCAGCCGCAAACUGAGCCGGAGGGGGUCCACGCUCAGUCUGUCCCGGACCAGUGGGGGAUCAUCCCCCCAGAGCAGCAUGAUAUCUAUGAACCCUGGCUCAGAUGAGCCCCAGAGCGUGAUCACCCAGGUGACAACAUGCAUCAAGGACAUCGAGGACAAUGAAUCCUCUUCGACCAGGCCAGAUGAAGAGCCGCUCCAUGUCAAUUUGCAGAAGCUUCUGGAGCUGGUUCGGGAAGAUGCCCGGAAGACAGUCACCAUGGAAAACGAGAUGCAAAAAAAACCGCCCAGCAUCUUAUCAGUGCUUAAACAAAACAAGAGCGACUCUGCCCAUAAAGACAUGCAGAUCACCGGCAAGUCAAGUGAGAGAUCCAGCAGCACAAGUGGAGACAGCCAUUCCCAGCUAAACCAGAAGAAGUCUAAAAGCCGCAACAACCGUGACAUCAUCAACUCCAAGAGUGCAGUGUGUGCCACCAUGAGGGCCAAGUUUUACAGUGUGGCCCAGGAGGCUGGCUUCUGUCUGCAGGACAAGAUGGAAAUCCUCAUGAAGCGCCAAGAAGAGAGAGGUCUCCAGAAGUUCCAUUCUUUUUUCCUUGUCUCGAAUUUUCAAAAGGAUAUGGCAAAAAUGAGACAUCAAGUCCCCGUGGUAAAAGGAGAUGCACAAGAAAUUGCAGACCACUGGUACUUUGAUCUGCUGUCAAAACUACCAGAGGAUCUGAAGAAUUUCCGCCCUGCCAAAAAGAUCCUGGUAAAACUGCAGAAGUUUGGGGAAAACCUGGAUCUGAGGGUCCGGCCCCAUGUUUUCCUGAAGGUGCUACAGGACCUGAGAAUCUGGGAACUGUGCUCUCCGGAAAUCGCAGUGGCUAUUGAGUUUGUACGAGAACACAUCAUCCAUAUGUCUCAGGAGGACUACAUCAGCUGGCUGCAGAGCAGGAUCAGCAUCCCCAUCCAGCCUCACAGAGUCCCCAUAUAGUCUGGGCCAGGGGCAACCAGCUUUCCUAGUGGCGGAGGAUGAGUCUACGCUGUGUUCCAGCCUCCCGCCUACUCUGGGGAAUACUCGGUGUGACCUGACAGCAUCAUCUGGAGGAUGCCUCCUGCCAAUAUUCCAGCAGUGGAAACUCCCCUCAACCUCACACCUCAACCUCAGCCUCCCAGUAUCUGUUCCUCAUUGGUCCAGCCUGGCUCUACCUACUCCCUCCCCAGAUUGUCACCCUAUUUUUCUUACUCAAAUUCUGGAUAAUAAAACUGAACUAAAUGUUUGAUGCUU